AUGAAGGGCAGACCUGUCGCAGAUCUCGUCUUCGAGUACAUGUUUCCUCGGCGUAAGCCGUCGGACCCCCCCAACUUCCCUGCCGUCUUGACCAGAUACCUCAUCUACGAAGUCCGUCAAGAGGUCCAGGCCUUCUACGGCCACAUCGACACUCACGAGGCCAAGUACCCAGGCCUUGACUACUGCCACCCCACACACCGCGUGCGCCUGAGCCGCUGGCCAUGGCAUAGGCGCCUCUUCCGGGCUUUCGACGCGCUUCGCCUGACGCCCUCUGAAAUCGCCGGUCUGACCAAGUGGGAAGGCACGAGGUGGGCGAAAGAGCGGUUCGAGAAGGAGCAGGGCUUCGCCAUCAGGGACACCGGCGCAGACGGCAUUCCUCCAUGGGUGGCCCCGGAGCAACGCCCGGUCAGCCAGAGCCCGCGCGAGCAGACGGACGAGACGGAGGCGCAGGACGGUGACGGAGACGAGGCCAUGGAUGAGCCGUACGAGAGCGACGAGGAGCUGGAGAGCAUCGGCGUGGAGCUGAACCAGCGCCUCAGAGAGCGGGUGGCGGCACACAAUGCGGGCGACACAUCCCAGCCCCUCGACGAGGACUGGGAGCAGUGGCUCAAGUACGCCAUGGAGACGGGGGAGUUCCCCCUCGUGGCAGACCAGAUUGCCCAGCUGUCCCAGCGCGACGCGCCCAUGAGCCCAGAGGAGAUUUUCCCUCCGCGGAUCGUCGAGGCGGCUCGCAACGGCCAGUGGCACGAGGUGCCGGAUUUCCUGCACGACAUGCUGCGGCGGAGCCUCGACACGGAGCUCCACCAGCAGCUGCGGCAACAGCAGCCAUCGGCGCCGUCAGCGUCCGGCUCGUCCUCCAGGCCCGCGCAGCCGAGCCCCCUGAGCCAGCAACACACCCCCAGAACGCGCUGGGCCCAGUACAGCGGACGCCGACUGGCUCAGGCCGGGCCUGACGACGUCCUUGCCCCGCGUGCGGCCGAGGCGCCUGGAGCCUAG